GUGUGGUUCAUUCUGGCCGAGGGAAGUUUCUGGGAGGGUACCGCGUCGUGGCACCAAGACCCCAACCCCUCUCUUAUUUACCAACAACAGGCGUCCAUAAUAACACUGAACCGUCCUGGCAUAUCGUACCUCUCUGAAACUUCCCUACCUCGACCCAUAAAUGCUCAUAACAGCCGCCAGACAACAAAAACACGUGGGAAACCAUCCGAAAGAGUGGAGGAAGAUUGAUUUCUGGACAAAUACAUAGAAAAAAGCUCACGGAACGUCGUGGUUGUUGGCCUUCUCGAUGCAUACCCUUUACGCCAGAGGAACGAUGAAAGCUGAGAUCACCGCGGCCGUCGGAUUUCUGUCCAGGUUCCUGCGGAUAAAAGGACACGUAAACGACCGACAACUCCAGACAUUCAGCCAAAGUUUACAGGAUAUUUUGAAUGAGCAGUACAAGCACCACUGGUUCCCAGACAGGCCCUGCAAGGGCUCGGGCUACCGCUGCAUCCGCAUCAACCACAAGAUGGACCCCCUGGUAGGGCAGGCAGGCCAGCGCAUCGGCCUGACCAUCCAGCAGCUGUACCUCCUCCUGCCCAGCGAGCUCACUCUCUGGGUGGACCCGUACGAGGUGUCCUACCGCAUCGGCGAGGACGGCUCCAUCUGCGUCCUGUACGAGUCCACGCCGGUGGUGACCGUGCCGCCGCCGGUGUCUGUCACGGUGGCCCCCUCGGGGGCUGGCCCGUCCGGCCCCAUGCUGGACAGCCACAUCAGCUGCAAGGAGGAACUGAUGGUGAUGGGCCGGACCAGCCCCUCCAAAGCCUACAACAUGAUGACUGUGUCCAGUUAGGGGGGCGACGGUCGGCCCGGAGCCCCGGCCCCCGUUCAGGGUUGUCGCUGCGACCGGUCGCCGUCACUUGACUGGAUCGGACAUGGGGACGGGGUGGGUCUUUUUUUUGUUUUUAAAGCUAAAGAAAAUGAAAUAAUGAAAGGAAAAAAAAAAAAGUGAAUGAAAAGGAAAGCGGAGGAUUCGCCUAUCGUCCAUUUGAUGGAAACCACCCAUGGUUUCGUUAAAAUUUUUUGACAUUUGGUUGUUGUUUCUUUUAACCCAACCCUUCUCCACAUCCCGUCGUCAUCUCUUCUGUUGUCAUUGGAUCUGCCGGGUCUCCAUUUUGUUUUUUCUUGAAAGGCUUGGAGGCUUGGCUGUUGGGGCAGCUAAACCACCGAUUCAACACCACCACCACCGACCAGUUCGGGCCACCCUCCCCUGUCGCGACGCGGUGAUCGGCUCUUGACGCUGAUGCGCCUUUUUGUUUUUAGGUUUUUUUCCUGAACACUGAGGUCUAUCAACGUUGACUUUGCACUUUUCUUACUUGUGGUUACUAUGGGUACCAUGUUUCACCAACACCACAAAUCGCCAAAACUCGUUUGUUAUUUCUUUUGAAUUGUUAAGGACUUUCGGUCAGGAAAUGCCCUCAUGAGUAAUAAAAUUGGUAACUUUUAUUUCCGAAUCCAAAAUAAUUUUUAUUUGGUGUGUUUUCGUGUGGGGAGGGAGUGGAUCUUCAGACACGGCACCGGUUUCAGACCAAGCCAAUGUUGACAAAAAAAUGCCUUUGUAAGAACCAGUUUUUAUUUUUAUUUUUUUUAAACUAUAAAUCUUUCCUAGGACCACAUGGCAUUUGCUGUUUUUUAACCAGUGGCUGUUCUGAGUGACAGGUGUCGGUCUGAACAUCUCUUCCUCCCCCUCCUACUGAAACAUCGGCCAAUCGCACCGCGGCCGGCCUCUAUGUAAGUGCAAGUGAGAUGCUGUGCAGCGCGCCGGUGCCUAUGGAUACCAGCGUGCUGUGCAACAUGGUCACCUGUCGUCACUCGUGUGUGUGUGUGUGUGUGUGUGUGUGUGUGUUGAACGCAGCUUUGCGCUGGGGCGAUGGGCGUCAGGGCUCUGUCCCACCUCAACUUUCCCAAGAAUGUUGUUGAAAUCCACAAUCAAAAUUCCACCCGUUGUUAAUUUACUCCCUUCUCUUGCCGCGUGCGUUCCUUUGUCCUUGCCUCACCAAAUUUCAAAGUGUAGCAUAAGUGAGGCCCCCCCCCCCCCCUUAUUGACGCAAACCUGGGUCCAUCCUGUCUUUGGUCACACGACCCUGUCUGAAUUGACAUUGAAUGCACUUUGACGUUAGAUUGUGUGGGAUGUGUACUUUUUUGAGAGGAAAUCGCCUGCAUUCCAUUCACUCGAAUGUCAUCUUUUCAUGCCGUAUUACUUGCCCUUUGUUUGUAAGCUAUGCGCCCAUACUGUAGCGUCUAUGCUGGGUUUGGGGUAUGUGUAUUAAGCAGAGAGGGGGUUGGAGGUUUUUUUUACACUGUAUUUGUGAUCUCAGAUCCCUGCGGCGGCGAGUGGUUUCGGUGGUCAUCCCUUUUUGGUCAUCCCUUUCAUUGCUUGGCGCUGAUAGUAAAAGCCCACCAAGCCACGGGGCUAGGCGGCGACGCCUCCCAGUCAAACACGUGUGGAUGGUUUCGAGGGGAUGGUGGAAAGCUCAGUACUAUGUGGUGAGCGGAGUCUGGCCAAAAGGAGGUCUGGGGCACACGCCGGUGGACAUCUGCCUCCCGUUUCGUAUUUUAGAUGCAGAGCCAGGACCCGUAUUUGUUAGCGUGCAUUGGAGGUUCAUCGCCUUACGCUGACCUCUAAUGUAAUCAACCUUUUAUGAGCUUGUCUGGAUCUUCAACACGCAGGCCCCUGUGAUCCUGCCCGCUGACCUCUUCCCGAGGUGUUGCUUACAGCCAGGCCGGUCGUGGGGAUAAAGAGUGCCUCAAAUGACAUCACCCUCCCCCCUCCCCCCCCAAUACCCAGACCUCCUUGGGCGCCGAUCACCAGCCAGCACGCCGCUGGCCAACCCCCAAUCCCACCCCACCCCACGUGGAUACAGGUGGACCUAAUGUGACACAUAUCAUCUACCAGCAUCCCAGGGAGCUGGGUAAGGUAGGCGGGGAGGGGGGGGUCGGUGGCUCAGAGGCGGGGCCAGGGGCCGGACGUCCUCGUCCAGGGCAGCUACAAUCCCUCCAGCCUCCUCUCUGAGCUGGUCCGACGCCUCCUCCCUGGCCACAAGCCCUCCGCCCUCCCUGGGCGGUGGUGGGUAUUAACCAGCACACGCGCUCGGCGCACUCAGGCAGCACUGCGGGCGGGUGGGUGGGGGGUGGGGGGGGCAGGUGAAGGGCGAACAUGGGGUAACGUGGUGGUUUUAGAGAGGGUACUAGGUCUUUGUUAAUCUUUCAUCAUCUCACUGGAUUUUGCUGCGUUUUAAAUACUGGGGUUUCAGGCAGCGACCUUGUUUACACACAAAUGAAAGGAUGAGGGUCCCGGUUCCAUGCUACCGGCAUCAGACGAGGCGGCUGCAGGGGGUUUCUUUGAAGGCCGUAGCCACUGGGUGUGGGGUGUGGGGUGGGGGGUUAUCUGUCUCGACAGCUUUGGUCACUCAUCACCAGACCAAUGGGUGUUUAAGCUCCACUAAGCCCAGUAGGACCAUGGGUAAAAGCCAUGGUCACAGACACACUGCAACGCUUGGCUCCCACUCCGUUGCCCCCCCUAGGCUGGUCCUCCCUCCAGCAAUCUGUGAAAGGCAGUGAAUUUGGCCAGAUGGAUCGGGUGAUCUGGGACAGGAGCCCUGAUGUUUAGUUUCAGCGGUGGAUUUGGUUUUAAAACCCCGUUGCUCCACUGUGGCUUUUACUAUAUUCAACAAGGUGUUUUAAAAUUGGUCUAUAUUUUCAAUGCGAGAUUGUCCUCUGGUCUCAAAUUUCUCUUAAGUGUAUUUCAUGGUCACACUGGUAGAUUAUUUUUAAUUCUAAAUGUCCCCCCCCCCCCCCCUCCCCUGUUUUUGUUAAGAGGAUUUUGAGCACGGUAAUAUAGCCCACUUUUAAUUGAGCACGCUUUAAUCCAACAAAUAUGGAAAUUAAUCCAAAUGCCCACUCGGGGCUAUAGCAACCAGAAAAGGCAUUAUUUUAAGUCUUCUAUCAUAAUAAUAAUAUGGCGACCUUUCAGCCGGUGUGGACAUGGGUUUCAGACUGGUUGCCAGAGUCCUUUUGCAUAGUCGGAAGUAAAAAUAGCACAUAAAAAUGCACUAAAAUAUGUCAAGUUGAAGUUGUGUGACAUUUGUUCAGAGACGCAAGGAGUCUCAUGGAAUGUAUUGCCAAACUCAGGCCUCAGACAUUCAUAUUCUUAUGGAAAAUUGUAUGUUGAGACAUGAAAUGGGAAGGGAAUAGUCUUUUUUUUCUUUUUUUUUUGUAGUUGUCGAUCUUGUCAUCCAUGAGCUAAAUUAUUGCCACUUUCACAUUUGCAGUGUUUUACAUAUUGUAGAAUGUAUUGUAAUUGUACAAGAAAUUGUAGAGUACAUAACAUUACACAUGGGAAGUGCCAAUAAUUGCUAUCGUUAGGUGUUAAAGGUGUAUUCCUUUUUGUAUUUCAUCUUUUAACACUGAACUCUUUUUCGUAAUUGAAGCCAUUUGUGACGGGAGUGUUAGCAAGGACCAAAGUUUUGUUGGUUUAAAAAAAAUUAUAUAUACCUAUCGGUUUCCAUGAUCUGUACUCAUAGACUUAUCCUUUGUUUGUUUUUGUUCACGUACAAAACCAGAAAAUAGAAAAAAAACUGAGCUUACCCAAGAUGAAAAGUUGUUUAUCUUGUGAUCUCAUGUCAGUACAUCUUUAUUGUGUUCAUUUUCUUUUCCUUGGGUAUAUUGUGAUGAACUGCUGUAAAUUUGUACAGUUCAUGUAAAUUGAUUGUGCGGAAGUUGUACAGAUUUCUAUAUUUUGGAAGAAAACUUUUUUUUUUCUCUGUAAUAAAAAGAUUUCCUAUCUUGGCAACAUA